AGUCGUAGAGAAACCAGUAAACUUGACAACAGUCAAGCGGAGGGCAAGCAACGAGUGAAUCAUCGGGACGGCAGGGGUCGAUAAGGAAAGCUUGCUGUUGAGUACCCUGACGGAGGACCUCGGUCUUUUCAUAUCUUGUCGCUGAUUCGCGCACCCUGAUCUCAUGGUUUCGAUAUUGUCCACAUGUCUCUGGUCGCAUGGCUUUCGGGUCAGCUCCCAGACCUCUCGCCCGAGAUGUUUGCGCUGAUAAAUUUACUGGCUACCGUGACUGCUGUCGCAUGGCUGUUGUAUCGAGCAUGGCUGGUCUUUCAGAAGCCGCUGCCUGAACUCAUCGAGGUACUGGGCUUGGAUGUUCCAGCAGCUCCAGAUGUAUCACUGGCAGGCAUCAAGUCGGACUCUAUCACACUCUACUGGAAGUUGCCCGAGAAUCCCAAUACCGUUGUCAAACAUCUCAUUCAGGUCAAUGGAGUGGUUGUGGGUGAGUCGGCCCGACACGAAACGUCAAUAAAUGUUACUGGACUCAAGCCCGACACCUUCUACGUGGUACGCGUAAUUGCCACCAAUCCUAGCAAUUUCCAAACCCCCAGUCCUCUCAUCAGAUUAAAAACAUGGCGCAACAAGGAAGGGCCAGAUCAUCUUCUCCCCGGCGCCCUCUGUACCGGAGAGAAGUCCAACAGUACCCCAAGCGCUGGGGACGAGUCUCCAGGUGUGAAGGCCCAUGGCACGACCUUGGAGACUGCAACGGCAGUCCCUACGGCGCCACUUAUCACCAGAGACCAGAGCGUGACCUCUCUGCCCAGCAAGCGAUUAGGUGUAAGCAGACGACAAUCACCGGCGAAUACUUCACUUGAUCAAUCGUCAACAGCGCAAGUUGGACUGGAGCCUGAGCCUGAGUCGGAGUCCGAGCAUACUGUUCAGGAGCUCACUGAAGUGCUCGAAGGAUUGCGAAAAGAGCAGGAAGAAUCUGACAAGCAAGCCGGGGAGGAAGAGGAGGAAUUCCAAAAAGGAAAGUCUGCUCUGAUUCAGGAACGCGAGCAGCUGAGGCAGGCCUUGAAGGAACGAGAAGACGCCAGCGCCGACCUUCGAAAGCAAGUGGCCAGCCUUGAACGUAACAACCGGCAGGCACAGGCUAGGAAGGUUGCCCUUGAGAGGACACUGCAACAGAAAUUGGAUGAACGAAACAAGAUGAAAGAAGAUAUUCGCCGCUGGCGUCGAGAUAUUGAGGAGAUGCGGCAGUCUCGCGAGGAUAUCGUUGUAGAACGAAAUGAUUACCUUGAAGCGUCGGAGCACAAAGUCGAGGAUUUGCGGAAGGAGACUACUGAGAAUCUUGCGGCGGUCAAGAUGUUGGAAGAAGACAUUCGAGAAAAGGGCAUCCACAUCAAAGAUCUCGAAGAAGCAAAGAAGAAACAGGAGGAGAAGGACGAAGAGGAGGCUCGAGAAGCAGAGAGAAUUGAAAAGGAAAAGGAUCGACAAUGGGAAGCUAAGCUACGUGGCUUGCAGGCUCAGUACACUUCCGCAUGGAACACUCUCCAGCAGGCGCAAGCAAAUUAUCAGCAAGCUCAAGAACGGCUGAGCUUCCUUAACUCCCGCUUGAACAAUGAUCCAGUGCCCAUCAACUCCAUCUCCGGUUCUGAACUCGAUCUUGCUGGGAAGAAGAAUAAGCCAAAGAGGAUUCGUCAACGCAAGUCUCGCACGAACACGUUGUCAUCUACCUUUAAUGAUGUCCCAGGUGCAGAUAAUCGGUUCUCUAUCUCGACGCCAGUUAGCAUUCCCAACAUUUCGCCUACGUUCGCAUCAUCUUCCCCAUUUUUCAAUAUGAGCAAUGGCAUGGCUAUCCCUGGCACUUCAGAAGAGCCCGGUAUGACCCAAGCCGAGCGUGAUGCUCUCACUGGCGGUGCUCCAAUGAGUCCGACUGCAGAUGCUCUGCUUCCUCGAGACCUACUCGGCGACGAAGACAUGCAAGGCUCGCCGAUCAAGCCUUCCUCUGCAAACACGAAUGGCUUUUCGGGGCUAGGCCCCGCUGGGCUCGACCCCACCCUUCGUGGACCUACAUCCCCCGUUUCUGAUGGCAGCUCGCCCAGCGUGUUUUCUAGCCCAAGGGAAAGUUUGAACAAUUUACACGCGUUUCCCACAGGGUCCGAGGGUCUGGUCGACGCAGAUCGACGCUCGGUUCAUUCUACUGGCCCAUCUUUUGGAAUGGGCGGUGCCUCUGAUACGAACCUUGCCGGAUCAAGGCGACUGGCAAGUCUCUUUGGCUUGAAUCGACAGCGAGGAAAGACUCUUCCAAAUGAACCUCCUGUUUUGGGGUCCCUCAAACCUGGCCAAAGUCAAUCUUUCCCACGAAAUAUCGAUCAAGGGAACGGUGAACUUGAUCCAAUUGGUACCCGACGGCGACGAGGCAGCCAUUCCGGUAGCAGCUGGGUUAGUCCGAUGAUGACGAGCUUACUAAACCGAAGUACAGCCAUCAGUCAUGACACCAGUGGGGAAGAUGCUACUGGUCCUGUUAAGCACACACCAAGUCGCCGCCGCCAUUUCAACAUGUUCAGCUCCCGCUAUGAUCCAUUAGAGCCUUCAAAGUUCUUUCCCGAGGCCCCUGCGUCACGAAGGACCUCGUCGGAUCGCCCGUCGAUUGAGACUACAAGCUUUCCUCGGCCUUCCUCUGAUAACCAGCCGUUUGGAUGGCCUACGACUGAGACGCCCAUUCACAGGAGUAGUCCUCUCGUUCCUGACUGGUUUGCAUCCGAAUCUUGGUCGCGAACGCCGUCUCGGAGGCCGUCAAUACAAUACGGAUCAUCCAGCAACCUUCCGCUAAGCAUGACCCAACUCGAUUCGGAUCCCUUGCAGAGCGCCAUAUCUCGACACACGCCUCCACCCGCUCCGAUUGGCACUCGACCGCUGUCCUCUCAAAGACCCAUUACACCGAAACUCAAUCCAACGGCGCCGACCUUUAGGACCUUUUUUGGUCUCGGCGACCCUAGAAACGUGGGCCAGGAGGAAGAAGCGAGCAACAAACAAGGAGAUGAAUCUUUGCUGGAUUUUAUCGGUACUUCGCCGUCAGACUCGCGCAAGUCAAAAGACGCUCGGUCAAUCAAGACUGCUGAUUCAAUAGCAGAGUCAUAUGAUUCUCUUGAGCAAGCCAUCUCAGAGCCGUUGACUUCGUCGCUCGCUAGCUCGAAAGACAAGGAAUCUUUUAUCCAGAAACUCACUCGCAAAGGCAGCUCGGGGAUGUUUAAUAUGCCGUGGACGAAAGACAAGGGAGGACUCUUCAAGAAAUCUGGCGACUUGGGAGGUGGCCCAUAUGAAACGGACGAGGAAGCAGCGGCUGGGGCCAGUGACAAACAGAUGGAUCGCAGCACUGAGAGCAUCCCCGCGACCAGCGGUCACAGUCCUCAUCCGUCUAGCGGCGGUGGGAUGAGCAGCAUUUUCAAAGGGUCGUUGCGCAGGAAACAGAAAAAGGACGAGAAGGACAGAGCAAUAGUGAACGAAAUGAGCGAAAAGGCCAGCGCGACGGGGGAGGAAGCCGAUGAACAUGGUCAUUUGUAGCUCUGCAAAUAUUAAAACGAUAUAAAGCAAGCCAUUGGAACUAGAUUAGCAUUUGAUUCCAUUCUUGGUGCUAUUAAACAUCUACUCGUGAUCAGUUCUCUGUAAAUUUCGGACCCGUAGGUUUAGCCAUCACGUUUAGUUGCGCCCCCUUGCGCGCCAUAGAAUACAUAACAGAGUCAGAACCCCG